AUGAAUGAUCAAAGGGCUGGCACAAGCCAAGGAAUACAAGAUCAUGAUGAUCAUGGUGAAGAUGAGCAAAUCAUCAGGGACAUCCACGCCUUGACACCACCUCACGCACCGCCACAGCUGGCUAAUCGCGGCCGAAGAAGGGAAGCUUGGGAGACUAGUAGCCAUAGAUCAUCAUCUUUGUCCAUGGCUAGCUCAGAGGGUGCUCCAAGUGAGAAUUUCAGUAGCAUAAGUAGAGAGUUCAGUGCUCUAGUGGUUGCAGGAUCAGCUAUUGGGACUAAUAAUAGUACCAAUGAUAAUGAUAGUGCUACAAAUCAUGGGAACAAUAACUUGGGCAGGAUUGGAGAGGAGGACAAUAUGCCUGAGGAGGAACUUAACCCUUUGGCCAUAGUACCAGAUAAUUACAACCCAUCAGAGCCAAUUGCUUCUCCAAGAGAAGCUGGGGCUAGGAAUUAUGCAGUUGGGUCUUCAUCAAGCAUUGCUGGGACUCAAGGUCAUCAAGGAGGUGAUCAGGUGGUUUCUGUGCAUAGGGUGAAGAAAGAAGAGGUGGAGACGAAGAUAUCAGCUUGGCAAAACAACAAGAUUGCCAAGCUUAAUAACAGGUUUAAGAGGGAGGAUGCUAUCAUUAAUGGUUGGGAAAGUGAGCAGGUUCAGAAAGCUUCUUCUUGGAUGAAGAAAGUUGAGAGGAAGUUGGAGGAGAAAAGAGCAAGGGCCCUGGAAAAGAUGCAGAAUGAUAUUGCCAAAGCUCAUAGAAAAGCAGAGGAGAGGAAGGCAUCAGCUGAGGCUAAAAGGGGAACAAAAGUGGCAAGAGUUCUUGAAAUAGCCAAUUUAAUGAGAGCUGUUGGAAGAGCACCUGCAAAAAAGUCCUUCUUCUAA